GACAAGAGCAGCGGAAAGUCUCUCCAAAAAAAAAAAAGAGAGAGAGAAGAAAGAAAUGCUGACACGUCUGGUAUCGGAGCGGAGCAGGUUUGGCAAAGUUUCAGUCUGACAGACACCGGGACCUUCAUGGAUGUGCUGUGAGGAAGACGAAGCGUUUAGAGGGGAGAGUUCUCAUUUGAGACAAUAAAUCUAUCGACGGAGGAUGGAUCAGCCAACAACUACUCCUGUUACUCCUAGUCCCGCACAGAGCCAGCAGCAGCAGCACGAGCCCAUCAGUUUUGGGAUUGAUCAGAUCUUGAGCAGCUCCGAUCAGGAAAACUCUUCUCAAUUAUCCGCCGUCGCCAGGGGGUCGGAGGGCGCCAGUUACCUGGGAAGCCCAAUCAGCCGCCCCAGCGCCCCUUACUCCUCCCUGUCCGCUUCUUUCCCUGCUGGUAUCGGGGCCACGUUUGAUGAGACUGGAUGUUACAGUGUUAAUCUGAGUCUGGCCCCUGCCGGAGUCAUUAGAGUGCCAGCUCAUCGGCCCAUACCCGGCGCAGUCCCACCUCCCAUCUCUAGUGCCAUCCCCUCCAUGCCAGCUGUGCCCGGCCUUGGCAGCCUCAACUUUCCCUGGAUGGAAAGCAGCAGGAGGUUCGUGAAAGAAAGAUUAACAGCUGCAGCAGCCCUGACGCCUUUCACUGUGACCCGCAGAAUUGGGCACCCCUAUCAGAACCGAACCCCACCCAAGCGCAAAAAGCCUCGUACGUCUUUCUCAAGGGUGCAGAUCUGCGAGCUGGAGAAGCGAUUUCAUCGCCAGAAGUACCUGGCAUCUGCAGAAAGAGCGGCUUUAGCCAAAUCGCUCAAAAUGACAGACGCUCAAGUCAAAACGUGGUUCCAAAAUAGGAGGACAAAGUGGAGGAGGCAGACAGCAGAAGAGAGAGAAGCGGAGAGGCAGCAGGCGAACAGACUGAUGCUUCAGCUCCAACACGACGCGUUUCAGAAAUCGCUGAGCGAUUCCAUUCAGCCGGAUCCUUUGUGUUUGCACAACACGUCGCUAUUUGCACUUCAAAACUUGCAGCCUUGGGAGGAAGAGCAGUCGAAAAUCCCUCCAGUUACCUCAUUAGUGUAAUCCGGCGCAUUUCUUUUUUUUUUUUUUUUUUUCCUUUUUUUGGAUGCGACUAAAACUGAUCGUACUUUUCAGGCUUUGCUGUGCGAACCAAAAUGAAUAUUCUUUUUUUUUUAAUUAUUAUUUAAAGGCACUCUGAUUCGUUGGGAAUAGUUCUUCCUAUAUCGGUUAGUGCUAAAGCUUCACUUGCAGCGAAAAACAAAAACUAAUAAAAAAGGAACGAUUAUUUUCCACCGAAGAGGAAGCGAUUUGCAGCGAUUCGGGCCGUUUUGCUUUCUACAAUAUCGUUCUGCACAUUCGAUUCCGUAUUCUAAAUGGAAAUCCUAGAAGAGAAAGUGAAAAAGACUUCCCACCGGUUUGGGCUCAUUGAAGACUGAUCCCGAUUACUGAGCUUGAAUUACAUUUAUGGGUCCAAAAAAAAAAAUCUAUUUUGAAGAAGCACGAUAACUCGGAUUCUGUGUAUAUAGUACUUCCGGGAUCGAGUUGUUUUCUCUCUCAAAAAAAAGGGCCCUAUACUUUUACCUUUAUAAAGGUGGUCGUUGCAUUCAUCUCUAUGCACUUGUCUUUGGGGAAAUGUUGAAAAAUAGAUGCAGUGAUCCAGGCAAUAAAAAGUGGCCCCAAGUCCAUAAAAAGUGGCCCCAAGUCAGAGAACAGUUGUAAAGGAAUAUUCUUUGAAAUAAAAGGGGGAUAUGUCAAAGCCACCACCCCACUGCAAUUCAUUAGAGAGGCAUGACUAAAUAUCGCUCAUUCUACAAGCGACAAAAACGCAGCUGUCGCCAACGUGUAAGAUAAACCUUGUGUAUAGAUUUAAUUUAUUGAUCCGCACCCCCCCCCCCAAAAUAUCUUAUUGAAAAAGAAAAUACAAAUAUAUGGAUGUUAUAUAUUUAUGUUAUUUCAACGUGGCUGGUUAACAGUAGUUGGGAGGGAGGAAAAAAAAAGUCAAGUACUGCGUUACCUAAGGCUGAAUGGAAAUGAAAUUGUUUGAUAAAAUAUUAAGGAGUUUUAAAAUGCCUUUUGUUUGAUUUGCUAAGGGGAAGAAGAAAAAAAAAACAAUUAUUGGGGGGGGGGACAUAUUUAUUA